AGAGGAGGAGACCGGCGGGCCCGGGAGGAGAGGCGCGGAGGCGAGCGGAGCUAUGUUAAACCCGGGAUACCGCUGAGGAGGGCCAGGCCACAGGCGGGGGCUCUCCGGCGGCGGGCGCGCAGGGGCCCGGCUCCCGAGGCGGCUGCAGGCAGCAUCUGGGCGCGGAGAGCGGCUCCGCAGCCACCGGGCCAAUGAACAUGUCAGUGUUGACUUUGCAGGAAUACGAAUUCGAGAAGCAGUUCAACGAGCAUGCGGCCAUCCAGUGGAUGCAGGAGAACUGGAAGAAAUCAUUCCUGUUUUCAGCUCUGUAUGCUGCCUUUAUAUUUGGUGGUCGGCACCUAAUGAACAAACGAGCAAAAUUUGAACUGAGGAAGCCAUUAGUGCUCUGGUCCCUGAGCCUUGCCGUCUUCAGUAUAUUCGGUGCUGUUCGAACUGGUGCUUAUAUGCUGUACAUUUUGAUGACCAAAGGCCUGAAGCAGUCAGUGUGUGAUCAGAGUUUUUACAUUGGACCUGUCAGCAAAUUCUGGGCAUAUGCAUUUGUGCUAAGCAAAGCACCCGAACUAGGUGACACAAUAUUCAUUAUUCUUAGGAAACAGAAGCUCAUCUUCUUACACUGGUACCAUCACAUUACUGUGUUACUUUAUUCUUGGUAUUCCUACAAGGACAUGGUGGCUGGCGGUGGCUGGUUCAUGACCAUGAACUAUGGAGUACACGCUGUUAUGUACUCUUACUAUGCCUUGCGGGCUGCUGGCUUCAGGGUUUCACGCAAGAUUGCCAUGUUCAUCACCUUGUCGCAGAUCACUCAGAUGUUGAUCGGUUGCGUGAUCAAUUACCUGGUCUUCUCCUGGAUGCAUCAUAGCCAGUGCCAUUCCCACGUGCAGAACAUCAUCUGGUCCUCUCUCAUGUACCUCAGCUACUUUGUGCUCUUCUGCCAUUUUUUCUUUGAGGCCUAUAUUGGCAAAACCAGAAAAGAAAGGAAGGUUGACUAGUGGUAGAAACAAGAAACCAUAGCUCAGGGUCAUCAAGAAAAACAAAAUUAUAAGAAAAGAAAAUGGCACAAGGAAACACAUAUAUGUAUGGUGCAGCUAAAACUUGGCAGCUUAGGGAAAGUUAGCUUGGUUUAACCCAGUAAGUUUAUGAUCCUAUCAUGGUGAGAACUCACUGAAUUCUACUCUAUCUCAAAGGACUGCUGGUGAAAGACAACUUCCUUCUUGUACCUGUCUGCUCUAGAAAAGAAAGGAGAAAAGAAAGAAGAAUAUAUUAAAAAAAAAAGAAAAAAGGAAAGAAAAGAAAGAAGAGAAAAGAAAUGAGGGGAAAAAGGUUACAUUAAAUAAGCAUCGUGUUUCCCCAGGGUGGAGGAAAGACUUCUAUUUAAAAGAAAGUUUCUAAAUCCUUUCUAAUAUUUUUUUUUCAGCAUUAAACCUAAACAAAACAAAGCAGAGAGGUUACAAAAAGAAAAACAAAUCUGAUAACAGUGCAAUUGCAGAAUUAAAAUCUUUUCCAUAUAGGAUUGAUACUUCUAGCCAAAAUUAAACCCAGAAGGUUGUUUUCUGCACAGAAGGUGGCUGAACUCCAUGCUGUGGUCAUGUAUGGAAAAGAGAAGAGAUUGAUUUCUCCACUAUGUACUCUGCCGGGGGAGCAGCUCUGGGAUUCAGAGUUGCCUCCCUCAGAAGGCAGAAAGGAGCAGUACUUUUACAAGAGUUUAAUGUGAAAAGAUGCACUGUUGCAAUACAUAUCUCAGAGUGCAUUUUCCAAGUGCAUUUUUCACUUAAAAACAAGGAGUUUUUACAGCAGGAUAAGUCAUAGAGGGUUAAAUCAAUCAGUAUUUGCUAAAUUACCAGGGGCUAAUAGCAGAGGGAUGAUCAGGAAGGAGAGGGAGGCAACUGUCCUCGUGAUUUUUAGAAAUUACCUGUUAAUUUCCAUUUAACCUGCAGCAACACUGAAUUAAAUGGGGGAACUCAGAAGAAAUCCUAGUUAGCGGGAAGAGAGUGAUGUAUCUGCCCACUGUUUUCAGAACAAUGCCCCGUGGUACAAUACGGAGUCUGUAUUUUUGUGGACACAAGGAUACCUGCCUGGGUGGGAAGAGAUGUCAGGACUGUCCGACAUUGGGAAACACUGUGCUUCUGCACCUGCCUCUUGGGCAGUGCAAAGAUGUUCAAAGUGCCCUCCUCUGGUCAUGUGGAGAUACUACUACAAAACAUACUUGGAAUAGGGUUUUCUUGACAUUUGUGUAGAGGAAAAAAUAGUGUAAACGGAGUAAUUUUGCUGCAACAGCUUAACUCUAAAGUCCAGAGAGAAUUACCCUUCAUUAAGUACAUCUCUCUGAAGAAUCUGUACUAUAACAUCAGACUGACCACUUCAGAAGAUGCUCUUUUCUUCUCUGAAGUCAGCUACAGAUAUAAGGAGAAACGUAUUUCACUCUGAACCUUAGAGAGUUAGUUGAGAACAGCCAUAUUCUGUCAAAGACAAGUAGAUUGCAUUAUCUGUGAUAUUCCAGUCCUUAAAAAGCCAAAUAAAAUGUGUAAAAGUUCCUAGUAUUUCAAAGACGCAAGUAUGUAAACUUGAUGUUAAAUGUGUUAAUGUAGUAUUCUAAAUUGUAUCAGUUAGGUAGUUUAACUAAACAAUUAGAAGAACUAGAUCAACAAAAUAGGGACUGCUGUUCUGCAUAGAAUAUACACACACCUAUAACUACACCCAUAUACACAUUCUGUGAAUUGUCAACAAGAAAAAAAAGCCCAGUGGCAGAGAAUCACAUUUCCUGGCUAAUGCAAAAGAUUGUCAUUAUCUUUCUUGCUUUAAUUUGAGAUUGUACAGUACAAAGAUUUUUUUUAGUAUGAUUUUUAGCUUUAAUUGUGCUGUCAUUCAUGAAACAGAGCUGCUUUAGUAUCCUGUUAAGAAAUGACAAGGGCUUUUUCUGUCUCAUUCUAUACAAAAGAAAAACAAAUAAAGCUACAUUCCAUGUUAUGUGAAUGGUCUAACAAAUCAAAAAGCCUUUGCAGGCUAAAAUCAUAAUUAUAACAAGCAGAAGAUGAGUUUACAUUUGUGUUAUUUAAGUUAUUGAUGUGCUGAUGUUAUUUUAUGGUACACAACAAAUAGCAAAAUGUGAUAUGCAGUAAUGAAGCUAUGAUACUCAUUAAUAGGACUCCUGUAUACGUGGAAAUAUUAGACAAAACCUUAAAUGUGCAAACCAUUUUGUUAUACAGCUUGGGAGUAGAUAAUUAUAAUGCUGAAUAAGCCUUUUUCCUCAUGCUUAAUUUUGCCCUGGCUAAGAAACAGCUUAAGACCAGUUGAGAGUGGAAAAGGCAAAAUUAAAGUCAACUGCAAUUAGAUGAGAAGUGUUAGUAGAAGCUCACCAUUGUGCCAUUUAGACCCUCAGUCCUGUGUGUCUUAGGUCUCUGAAAUAAAGCAAGAGGGGUUGGAAGUGUCCUGGCAUCUGGAGCUGAAGCUGGAGCAGAAAUCUUGGACCCUGUGAAGUCAGUGGAGAUUUUGCUCUGCUGUGAACAGAGCUGCUGUGUUUCACUGCCUUUAUCUGAGCAGGGGGAAAGGCACUGCACACAUCUCAGGCUAAUUUGAGGCUUAUGGCUAGUGAUUUGAAGUCCCCUAAACUUUAUCAAUAUCAAGUAACACCACAGCAAGGCAAGGACUCCUUGCUCCCAAGUUUAACACAGGCAGAAAACAGGGUGGGUUGCAAACAACCUGCCAUGUUUAGUACACUCUUUUCCCGAGUCACAUAAGGGAAAAAACACACUUCUGCAUGCUGCAUGGCAAUUCUGGCAAUGCCAGUACUGACUUCAGCAGAGCAGGGAUUUCACCACUCUUAUGCCAUCCUUCCAAAGCCCUUGCAGGCACCAUUGUGCUGUUCCCAGUGCCUGCUCCAUCACAUGCCGAGCACCCCACCAGCCAGGGCCAGACAGGCAAUGGCCACCUUCCUUUUGCGGUUCCUGCACAGAAUCCAGCUGAAGUGACCUCAAGACACAUUGCAGAUGUAACCCUGGCAUGCAGGCACUGAAUACAGUGGAUGUCCUGGCAGGUGACUAGGCUGCAGGCAGGCAUGUGUAUAGGGAAGGGGCAGCAAGAUCAGGCACACAAGCAACAGUGUGGGUACAAUUAGGGUACAUUUAUUGUUGCACUGGAAAUUGGCUGUCACACUGCCAUUUGCUUCAGCAGAUGAUGUGUCAUACAUGCAUUUACACAGAUCCUAUAGCCCCAGUAUAGCACUGGGCUUUUCCUUUCACCUUUUACACCAGAGUGGUACCUGGCAAUGAAGAACUUGAGGAUAAGACAAAAAUCAACUUAUACUGCUUUUCUUACUUCUUUUUUCUUCCUAAAACAUGCACACAUUAUAUUUAGACAUUGCAUUUAACCCACUCAUAUGUACUUAAAUACUGGGACAGUCAACCCCAAUGUAAUGACACCUAAACAAUAACCCAGCUGUUCCAACCUACGAGCUAAUUGGGUCCUAUUUAUUUCCCCUGCUUUUAGCCUUGGGGUCACACUUUCAAAUUUUUCUGCCUGCUACCAGAACCCCUUUUUUCCUAUAUUAUUUUAAAUAAAGCUGUAAUUCUGUUGCAUUCACACACACUAUGGGGAAUUCAAACUUUAUGUAAAUUACCAAGCAUUAUGGGACUUGUGACAGCCAUUAGAGAUGCUGGAAAUGCUGUUAUGGGGUAGACUAUUGCAGUCAGGAAAGUUGCACUACUGAUAAGGUCAGUCUGCCAGAGUCAAAGUCUGUCUGAUGCAUUAAUCCAAUGUACUGAAAUAAAACCAGAAAGGUUGGUAUGGAUUUACACGUAGGCAGGUGUGAACAGAAUUUGGCUCUUCCUAAACACUAUCGCUGUGUAGUGGAUGCUCCAAGGGAAAUAUAUUCAGCUACAUAAGUGAAGGAACAAAAACCUGGGUAAUUCCAAGCCUCUUUAAAUUGUGCCUGUGACAAGAAGGAAACCUCUUGUGAUUACAGACCUUCUGUAACUUGAAGUCAGAAAUAUGUCUGGGCUCACUGAUAACAGCUGGCUCCAAAAGAGACCUCUCACAAGAAUCUCACAGUAAACUAAUACAAGCUUUUACUUACAAGAUAAGGGCCAAAGUGUGCAAGAGGAAUCACUCAAAGAAGCCAGGUUGGGUAGUAGGAAAUAAUGUAUUGAGCAAGAAGCUGCAGGAGACAAGGAGGUAGAAGCCCCAUUCCAAAUCCCAGGAGACAGUAUUUCCAGGCUGAGCGCUCACUCCUUCACAAGAUGAGGAAAGGCAAGGCAGGAGGAGGAUGGGCUCCACAGUUCCAGGUGCCCAGGACAGGCUGGCUGGUGGAAUAAGGCUUGCAUGAAGGGGUCCCCUCCUGCAGAAGUGAAACAGCAGCCUUUGUAAGCAGUGCCAGAUACAACAUAUUAGUGCAGUAAUAUCUCUAGUAGUUGUAGUCUAUUCUGUACUUCAGAACCAGUAGCAGGAGUAUAACUUGUUUAUAUACAAAUCAUAAAUACAUACUUUAAAUUCUAAAAAUGGCCUUGAUCAAAGAAGAAAUCAAAACAAAUUGCAGACCAUUCUACUCAAAAGUUCAGGACUUGGUCCAAUGCCUGCUGAAAGUGAGAUUGUUGGUGAGAUACCUAGUGACUUCAGCAAGCUUUGCUUCAGCCUGCUGCAGCCUAGUUGCAGAGGGUGAUGCGAGACCUAAAUCCCCUUGUUUAUUUAGUGGUGACAUGAACCACUUGGGGCAUCACUCAGGCUCUGACUGGGGUCUUUAAUCAUAUUUUCUAGUUUAGCACCAGUGAGCUCUCUGAAAGGGAAGAUUUACAACUCAGAAUUGUCGGUUGGUUUCUACUGUUUUAUUUCAAUACAUUUUCCAUUCCAUGUAUUUUAUGAGAAGCAAGCUAAAGGACAAGUCCUCAUCCUGCUAUCGUAAAGGUCCCGUUGCAGUCAGGGCGACUACGAGCGGGCACAGAAACCUUUUGCUUACAGGCAUAAAGGCAGGAUCAGUGCCUUGUUACAGACUUACUUUCUAGCAGAGCAAAUACUACAGGGUAGGAUUUGAUUUCUGAAAUUAAAGUGUACCAACACAAAUAAGAUCUGCACAAGAACUCGAGAGCUGAGGGGAACCAGGGCCCUCCCCAGCACAUCAUAAAGCUCAAUGAAAUGCUGCAUGAAGUGGGGUUAGAGCAUAUUCCCCAAUGGGUAUAAGAUAAUACUCCCUUGAAACAGUGACCUUUCUGAGAAGUCUCACUUCUGUCCAGUCCUGGACAGCUUCAAGCAGGCCUGUCUGCUGGAAAAAAAACCCAGCUGUUAUUGACUUACCUGCUUUCUCAAAAGAGCCACUACGUGCUUGAGGCUUUUGGGAGCCUUAAAGCUCAAGCUAGAUUUAUAUUCAGAAUUAAAAGCAACCUUAAAUAUGUGUACAAUAACUAGGAGAGAAUAGUAUGAGAAAUAUCUUUAUUUUACCAUUUUCAAAUGGCUAUUUCACUACAUAAAAGGAAGUUUUUAUUUUUAUUUUUUUGGGGUAUGUUGAUAUUCCAAAAUAAAAUUUUAACUUUUGGUUCAAAAUAAA